CAUUGAUGGGUUGAAUGUGUCUCGUGUUGUUCGUCUGUGAUCACGGAUUUAUUGUGUCAACACGGAUGAUUUAAAAUGAUGAUGUUGAUGAAGCUGAAGAUGCUGUUGUGUGUGAGUGUGUUCGUGAUCGUGCUGUGGGGUCCAGCGGGCGGAGCGCGGAACUGCGUAGAGUCACGCCGGGUGUACGGAGAGAAACACACCCUGAACACCGCCCCACACACACACAUCAACGGUGAACACUUGCGUGUUUGCUCUCAGGAUUACACCUGCUGUUCCAGUCUGAUGGAGGACACACUCACACAUCAGAGUGAAGCUGACUUCCUGUCUGCGGUCCAGGACACCAGUCAGUUCCUGCUCACCACAUUCACCCAGAGACAGCGCCGGUUUGACGAGUUUUUCCGGGAGUUGAUGGAUGUGGCGGAGAAGUCCAUGAAUGAGAUGUUCACACAGACAUACGGUCACAUGUACACUCAGAAUGCCCAACUCUUCCACCAGCUCUUCACAGACCUCCGACAAUACUACACAGGGGGCAGAGUGAGUCUGGCGGAGGUGCUGGCUGAUUUCUGGGGAGGAUUAGUUGAGCGUGUGUUUUCUCUGGUUAACCCUCAGUAUCAGUUCUCUGAGGAUUAUCUAGAGUGUGUUGGCAAACAUGCUGAACAACUGCAGCCUUUUGGAGACUUACCACUUAAACUGCACAUACAGGUGUCGAGAGCACUGAUCGCAGCCCGUGCUCUGGUUCAAGGUUUGGCUGCAGGCAGAGACAUUGUGAACAAAGCAACAAAGUUGAGUGUAGGAUCGGAGUGUGUUCGAGCUUUAAUGCGUCAGUGGUAUUGUCCGCUGUGUCGUGGAGUUCCCGCCCUCAAGCCUUGUCAUUCGCUGUGCCUAAAUGUCAUGAAGGGCUGUCUGGCCAAUCAGGCUGACUUAGACUCUGAAUGGAACAAUUUUGUCGACGCUCUGAUGGCGGUGGUGGAGAAACUUGGUGGGCCAUUUAAUUUUGAAUUGGCUGCAGAUUCAAUCGCAGUGAAAGUGUCAGAAGGCAUCAUGAACAUGCAAGAGAACAGCAUUAGCAUCUCUGCAAAGAUGUUUCAGGGUUGUGGUAAUCCUCGACCGGCUCCGGCCCGAAACAAACGUUCGCUCAGAGAGGGAGACAGUAAAAGAGCUUUCAAAAGCUUCAGUGCUCAUGAGAAACCAACCACCGCUGCAGGAACCAACCUGGAUAGACUGGUGGAGGAGUUACAGGAGCGGUUGAGGCCCAUGAGGGGGUUCUGGGUCGCUCUGCCACACACCAUCUGUAACGAUGACAAAAUGGCUGCUGACGUCACCAAUGAAGAUCGCUGCUGGAAUGGACAGACGCGCGGCAGAUACCUCCCGACGGUUACGGCUGAUGGUUUAGUGAAUCAGGUUAAUAAUCCAGAGUUGGAGGUGGACGUCUCUCGACCAGAUAUAAAAACACGGCAGUUAAUCAUGGAGCUGCGAGUGACUGUAAACAGACUGAAACUUGCACAGAGCGGACGAGACGCUGACUUCAUAGACAGUGAGGCCGAGGGUGGCAGCGGUUCUGGUGUUGGUGCUGAAGCAGGUGAGCGGUUCAGUGACGAUUGGCCGGGUUACGGCUCGUUCUCGCCACCUCACAACACACUCCAUAUUGAUAAGACGCCCCGCCCCCAUGACAGACCCCGCCCACGUAACACGCCCAACAAUAAAAGGAACAGGAUAAAUAGACGAAUGGGCUCGGACGCUCAGCGACUGUCUCCUCCUCUCCUCCUGUUGUUCUCUCUCUUCAUGUUGUUCUGUGUUUCUCUCUGUCUCUCUUCAUCUCUCAACGUUUGUUAAAGUUCAAACCCACAACAAACCAGAAACCAGCAGCUGCACACUUCACAACAGGUCAAAGCGCUUCACUGUGUCCAGCACCUCAAGUGAUCUUCUUUUAUAAAGAUCUUUACAGUUGUAAUGCAAGCUAUUUUAACACAGUAUUACUGUGCCGAUUGUGUUUUUGAUCAGCUGAUCUUUAGCAAUCAACUCAUUCUGAAUGAUUUCAUUAUUUGAUGCAUAAUCUUAUUUUAAUUUAUAUGUGAUAUUUAUAUGAUUGAAUGUUGAGAACUUCAUGGCUUUUUUACGGUGUGUACGGCGUUUAUACAGUGUAUUUGUACAUGUAGGAGCACACAGAAUGUUCCAGUGAUAUUUCAAGUAAUCUGUUCAGAAAACAAUUCAUUAAGUUUUAUUAAUUAAAUAAAUCUGGAGA